UGCAGCAGCAAUCUUUGCCCAUUCGGAAUUUUAUCUGGAACAGAAAAAUCAUUUGCGAUCGCGAUCUUGUCUUUGAAAUCUACAUUUACCUCAUCAUCAAUGCCAUAACAUUUCUGCAGUUUUUGAUAACUGACAACAAGAGCGUUUGCGAAGAAGGACUUUAGGAGUUUACACAUUUGCUAAGAAUUAUCUUUUAAGCUGUAAUUACAAUUAAUUUAGACAUCAAUCAGUGUCAAGUGUAAAGUGCUUUGAGUAAAAGGAAAUAUCCCUAGUCAUGAUUCAAUUAACUAGCUGAUUGCUAUAGAGAAAAGCAAUGGUAAGUUCAACCAGUUUCAGUUUAGAAAGCCAACAUGAAGACUUUGGAGUGCCUGACCCGCCGUUUCCUGGAAGUUAUCUUCUCUCUACUGGCCUUGGUUCCACUUCCUCCUAUUUCGCAGUUGGGAUGGCUGUUUUUAUCAUUGGCCAUUCGCUGCUGUUGGAUAGUUUACAUUAUAUAUUUGCUGGACGUUGCCGUCAGCUUUUCGUGGGUGGCCAUCGAAAGUGUGGGAAAUGCAGUGGGCACCAUGCUGUUCGUGGGAAACUCCGUGCUGGGAUUUGCGCUCCUGCUGGAGAGUGUCCUGAAGCAGAAGACCCACAGCCAGCUGGAGGAUCUGCGAGUCCAGACGGAGUUGCAGCUGCAAAGACUUGGAAUGUUCGGCAGAUCUCGCCAUGCGGCAUACCUAUUGCCACUAAUUGGAGUGCAGUUUACAUGUGAUCUCGUGAGACUUGUGACCAAUUUCGGGGAGCCGGUAUCGCCCGUGUUUAAUAUUUCCUUACCACUAAUGUGGCUACUUCGGUAUCGAUAUGUCCAGCUGGUGCAGCACGUCAUGGAUCUGAACCAGAGAUCGAUCCAGUUGCGCCGAUCCCUGUUGUGCUUGGCCUCUGGAAAUGAUCUGUGGCAGCCCUACGGAGUCCACGAGUUCCUUCAACUCCAGGCCCUGCGCACCACCUACGAAAGGAUCUUCGAGUGCUACGAAACCUUCAGUGACUGCUAUGGAUGGGGAAUGCUGGGACUCCAUUUGCUGACCAGCUUCCAGUUUGUGACCAAUGCCUACUGGAUGAUCAUGGGCUUGUACGAUGGCGGCAAUGUCCGUGCACUGAUCUUCAACGGAGCCACGGGGAUCGACUUUGGCACUCCGAUUGCCACUCUAUUUUGGCACGGCGAUUCAGGUGCGGAAAAUGGCCGUCAAAUCGGUUGUCUAAUUUCGAAAUUGGUAAAACCGCAGGGCAGCAAACGAUACAAUGAUUUGGUGAGCGAAUUUUCGCUGCAAACUCUGCACCAGCGAUUUGUGGUCACCGCCAAGGAUUUCUUCAGUCUCAAUCUGCAUCUGCUCAGUAGCAUGUUUGCAGCUGUGGUCACAUAUCUGGUCAUUCUCAUACAGUUCAUGUUUGCCGAAAGGAGUUCAAAGCGAAGUAGCGGAUGAGAGAAUCCAGUUAACAAUAGUAGAAUAAAGUCUCGUAACAUAUAUUGCAUAUAUAUUUCCUAGUUUCAUUUCCCAAAAGAGUCUGGAGAGUUUGCAGCCUGAAUG